AUGAAGACGAUCAUGGAGGCGGAUGAAGUGGAAACGGCUGAAACUGUAGCCGAGAAAAAGGCCAAGGAGGAAGAGCUGAAGAACGAGCAGCAGGUGCAGGUCGAGCUGGAUUUGAAGCUGAACACGAUCGGAUUUGUCGUCUACAAGGGCGAGGAUGUGCUGGCCGAUGUUCGUCUCCAGCGCUUCGUUUGCCAACUUCAGAUGCGCACGUUCGAUUUGCUCGUCAAUGCUGAGCUCGGUUCCAUCUCCAUCGCCAUGCCGCUCUUCCGCAGCUUCGACGAUCGCAAGCCGCAUUUGUACCUCAUUGACUCCUUCGAGGAGGAGGGUGCCCUGAUGCAGUUGAAAUUUGUUCAGGCUAAUCCUGAGAGCCCGUUCUUCGCCACCGAAUACCACAAGACCGAGAUGGCGGUCGGGUUCAAGUUCUCCAAGCUGAACAUUGCCCUCCACCAAGAGGCCUUCCUGGAAGUGAAGAAGUUUGGCGAAGCGCUGCAAGAGGCUAUGGCUAAAGAUAAACCGGCUUCCUCCGAGGAAGUCGAUGGCGAAGAGCCCACCGACGAGAGUGCCAGCCGAAAGCUGAGUCGCAAGAUUUCGUCGAGCAUGGAUUCCCUGGCCCAACUUGCCCGCGAAUCCCAGACCGAGGCCGCCAAGAAGAAGCGCACAAAGCGAAAGAAGCAGGAUGAGCCGGAUCCGUCGGUGAUUAAGAUGAAGAUCGACGCCUCCGUCGAUUCCGUGGUCACGAUGACGCUCAAGACGAUGGAAGUGAAGGCGACGCUGCAAGCUAUCAAAAUGCUCGACAUGACGAAGGGAGCGCUUCACAAGAACCUUAUGGCAGUCCAUGGCGACGAGACGAUGCUCCGCUUCGAGAUGCUCCAAUACCAACGGACGCCCGACGAGAAGAAGCACAUGCAGGCAUCGGAUGUCGAUAUGAAAGUCAAGCUCCGACUCGCCCAGCUCCGCUUCAUCUUCCUCCAACUCUGGGUGAACCGGAUGCAGGCGUUUGCCGCGCCAUUCAGCGCCGAAGCGGCUGUAGCGAAAGCUCAUGCUCAAGCGGUGGCUUCAGAAAAGUCACAAGAAGCGCUUGAAGCGGCGAAACAGAUGCUCGAACAAUCCCCGCCUCGAAUCGAGCUUGACGUCGAGCUGCUGGCUCCUCUGAUUCUCGUCCCGCGUCUCUCGUCCUCAACACACGUGCUCGUCGUCGACCUUGGUAAUCUGAUCGUGCGCAAUCGUAUUCUUGGCCACCGGGAGUACCCGAAAGCCGUGCUCGACUCGAUGGACAUCAAGCUGACCGAUGUGUACUUUGGAAUUGGCCGAAUGGACGACGAAGCAAAGGAUCUCACCUUCAAGACCGAGGUCCUCCGUCCGAUCACCUUCAGCCUCGACGUGCACAGAAAUCUCACCUUUGGCAUCGUCAAGGAAAUCCCAGAAACCGCCGUCGACGCUCAUAUCUCUGCGAUCAACAUGGCGCUGUCGCACGACGACUACGCGACGAUGAUGCACACGCUGUCCGGAAACUUGUCCGAGGGCCACGAGCUCGUUGCCGACCAUGUCCCACCGCCCCCAGUCGUCGUUCAGACUGAGAAGAAGGAGGAGCGACAGGCUGCCGGUGGUGAAGAUCAGACCCUUUCCCAGUCCAAACUCACUGGCGGUGGCUUGACGAUGAAGGUCUACGACAAGAUCCUCUUCAAAUUUGUGAUGGACAACAUAGCCAUCGAGUUGUACACUGGCACUACCACCUCUGCCACGCGCGACCAAGCCAACGCCUUCGCCUCGAUGCGCAUCGAAGGGCUGAAGCUGAGCGGUCACAUCAAGGAGGACAACGAGCUGCUCGUCGCCAUGUCGCUGCAGGUCUUCCAGAUGAACGACGAGCGCAAGGGCAAGACAAAGAUCCCGCACCUGCUCGACAAGAAGGCUUCCACAAAAGAGGAGCGCUUCCUUGACCUGUCGUUCAAGCAGAAGGCCAACCAGGACAAAAAUAUUCGCCUGGAGAUGUCGGCGUUCUUCCUUUGCAUGAGCCCCGAAUUCCUUGGCUGCCUCGCCGCAUUCUUCACCGUGCCGAAGACGCAGGAGGAAAUUGACCGUGAAGCCGUGCCCACGGCUACAAAGGCUCCCGCCAAUAUUCAAGUCCAAAUCGACAAGAGCAAAGAGAAGGAUCAGCCGCCGGCCGUUCCCGCUCCGGUGGGUACGAUCACGAUGGACUGUGACAUGAAGGGUGUUGAGGUAAUAAUCAUCGAAAACUCCAUGGACCCCGACAACACGCAAGCCCUCAUCCUCUCCUUCAACGUCCGUCUGAAGGCCGAGCCGAAAAACACGGUCCAAGUGAUGCACGGCGGCGUCGAGGCGUUGCGCAUCUUCAGCAGCUACUAUGCCCCCAACAAGCGUAAGGAUGUGACGUAUGAAGUGAUGAAGUCGGUGGACAUUGGCAUCGCCGCCAGUAUCAACAACGACACGAAGUCGACGGAAGUGAUGCUGAAGAUGACGCCGCUUGAGCUGAAGAUGGCUCCAUCUGUCAUUCGACUUCUCGCGGCAGCUAACGCUGAAUUCGCGCGUCACAGUCAAGCCGAAGAGGCCUCGGUGACGGCGAACCCGAAGCGCCGCUUCUUCCCGAACUACUGGGAGAAGAAGAAGCUCGAGGAGCACCGCUACUGGUUCUUCAACAUGCCCGAGCCGGCCGAGGAGAUUGAUGAGGACUACGAGGAAGAGGAGGAAGGAUCCGGAUCUCGGCGCAAAUCUAUUCGUGGGCCCGUCGAGAAGUGCACGGUCGAGAUCCCGCGGCUUAGCUUCACAUUGGAGGCUGGAAAUGAAGCGAUUCCCCUGCCUCUCAUCUUCCUCGACAUGCAAAUGCGAGCCGAAGCGAGCAACUGGAGCAGCGCUCUCAAGGCUUCUUCCGAACUCUCCCUCCAAAUGUCGUACUACAACGAAGGCUGCUCCGUCUGGGAGCCGGUCAUCGAGCCCCUUGAGCAGGAAACGCCCAACGACUGGAAACGCUGGAGCCUCAAGUGCAACGUGCAGGGCAAGAACAAGCUCGACCCCAACGACUCAUCUCCCGGCAUGCACGUCUCUGUCGAGGCCGAGAUAUCC